AGCACUUGAACUUUGUAAACAGCUGAUGAAUUUUGACAGUAGUCGCAGUCAGUGAGUAAAGAUUAAAGUAAAUUCAACAAAUAAAAAAAAAAGUGUUGAGAAGUGAAUGUGUUUUUUGUGCUUCGACAAAGUUUACACAAUUGUUUUUAUACACUAUGUGGUUUCAUUUUUCAUAAAAAAAAUAAAACAAAGAGCGGGAAUGAUAGAAGAGUACUAGUCCUUGAGUCUCCUGCAUUACGUACAUAAAAAAAAUUCAUCAUGAAGGCUUUCAUCGAAUUCGAUGAGUGUCUACGAGAUACGCCAAAAUUCCGAAUGUGUAUUGAAGAUAUGGAAACUAAUAUAGAUCAACUGGAGCAAAAAUUAGAUAAGGUUAUAAAAAAUUGCAGUUCAAUGAUCGAUGCUGGAAAACAUUUUAUAGGACAACAGAGUCAAUUUGCAAAUAGUCUUUGGGAAUUAUCUCUCUACUUUAGCGAUGAUGCAGAGAUAAUGGCAUUUUUAAACAAAUUGAUUCACGCCCUACAAGAAAUGAACAAAUUUCAAACAAUUCUUUUGGAUCAAGCGUCAAGAACUGUGAUUAAAGAUCUGAAUUCUUUUGUGAAAAGUGAUAUUAAAAAAGUCAAGGAAUCUCGACAUUAUUUUGAUAAAAUAUCAAGUGAUUUGGAUAUUGCAUUAAAUCGUAAUUCUCAAGUUCAAAAAUCACGACCAGCUGAAUAUGAAGAGACAUCUAAUAUUUUAUCAGCAACAAGAUCAUGUUUUCGUCAUACUGCAUUGGAUUAUGUUCAUGCAUUAACAAUGCUUCAAGCCCGCAGGCGACAUGAAAUAUUAGGGACAUUAUUGAGUUAUAUGCAUGCUUGUAUUACAUUCUAUCAUCAGGGCAGUGAUUUAGCUCAAGAUUUAGAUCCAUUUCUUAAAACACUCAGCGAUGAUUUAAGUCGAAUGAGAGGUGAUUCAACAAAAUUGGAAAAAGAAAUGGAAAAUCGUCAUAUUUAUGUGACAAAUCGUGAUAUUAUACCAUCGCAAAUUAUUGAUAAAAAUAAAAUGGAAGGUUAUUUAUUUAAAAGAACAAGUAAUGCAUUUAAAACUUGGAAUAGAAGAUGGUUUUGUUUAAAGAAUCAUCAACUUGUUUAUCGUAAACGAAGUGGUGAUAAAGAUUUUACAAUUAUGGAAGAGGAUCUUCGUUUAUGCACUGUUAAACCAGCAAAUGAUUUUGAUAGAAGAAAUUGUUUUGAAGUUCUAAGUCCUACAAAAAGCCAUAUGUUGCAAGCAGACAGUGAAGAGAUGUACUUAGCAUGGAAAACAGCAAUGCAACAAGCAAUUGGUGCAGCAAUUCAAAGGGGAACGGGAACAGUUUCAAAUGUUAACAAUUUUUAUGUUCAAACACACGAUAGCAAAGGACCUAUACGACCUCCUCCCAAACCGAAAACAAGAGUAUGGGAACAAUUGCUCAAAAUACCGGGAAAUAAUAUUUGCUGUGAUUGUGGAGGCGAUAAUCCAACAUGGGCUAGUAUUAAUCUAGGCAUUACUCUUUGCAUUGCAUGCUCGGGUGCUCAUAGAAGUCUUGGAGUUCAUUAUAGUAAAGUGAGAUCUUUGACACUUGACGAUUGGGAACCGGAAAUUUUGAAAGUAAUGGCAGAAUUAGGAAAUACAGUAGUGAAUAAUAUUUACGAAGCAUUGCCAAUACCACCGGAUAUUAUGAGAGCAACACCAAAAUGCAAUGGAACUUUUCGUGAGACUUGGAUAAAGGCCAAAUAUAUAGAUAAAAAAUUUGUGAAACCACUUACAACAACUUUAACAACGGGACAACAUACAAGUCGUGAAUCAAUGCAUUUUCGAAUGUGGAGCGUACGAAAAUUACGUCGAAGACCAAGAAGUCGUGAUAAAAUGGAUUUAACAAGUAGAAAUAAAAUUCCAACAUUAAAAUCAGUGAAAGAAUCAUCGCAAUCUGUUAGCAGUUCAGAGGGUACAAAUUCAACAGAAAGUUUAUGUUCAUCGGAGAAAUUGAAAAAAAUUGAAAGAGAUUCAGUUAGUUCAGAGGAUAGUGGAAAUGCUGAAUUAAGAAAUGAAUCAACUCUCUAUAAUAAAAUUCUUUCACGUAAUUCUCAACAUAAUAAAUCACAAGAUAAUGAUAUUGAAAAUACAACAGCUUUUGGAAAAAAUAAUGAUGAAAAUUUAAUUGAAAUUCAGGAUAAUUAUAAUAAAGUGAAUAAUAGUGGUAGUUCAGAUUGUAAUUUAUCAUUUAAAAGUAUUGAUUCAACAAUAACUGGUGAUAUUUGUGAUCGUUCCGAUAGUAAAGAUAUUGGUACGGAGAAAUGUAAUAAAAAAUUAAUAACAAAAGAUUCCGAUAUUCUAUUGUUUGGUUGUGAUUUGCCAAAACCAAUGUUAGAAUCAAGUUUGGAAUUAAGUUCAGAUCAAGAUUCAACAGCUGGCGAAGAAGAAGAAUUUGCCGAUGAAGAAGAUAUUGUGAAUUUACAUCCCGAUAUGUUACUUUAUAAAGCUGCUGUGGCACAUAAUCUUCCUGUUAUGUGUGCUGCAUUGGCCGUUGGCGCUGAUAAAUUGUGGAAUAAUGUCAAUGACAGAGGACGAAGUGCAUUGCAUCAAGCGAUAAUUAGCGGUUCCGUAAUGUCUUGUGAAUAUCUACUUUUGAAUGGUGCUCGAAUAAAUUGUCAAGAUGCUGAUGGAAAAACUCCAUUGCAUUUGGCUACAGAAUUGGGACACACAGCCCAAGUAUGUUUAUUGUUAAAACAUCACGCUGAUCAACAUAUUGAAGAUGAAAGCGGUGUUAAACCAUUAUCCAUUGCGGUAAAAGAAGCUAAUGCAGAUAUAGUCACUUUAUUACGACUUGGAUUAUUGAAUGAGGAAAUGAAAGAUUCUGAAAUUGGAGUUUCAGGUGAUGAAACAUUCAAUGAUGUUGUUCGUGAUUUUAGUCAGUUGGCGUGCUCACAUCCAGAGAGAUUGCAACGAAGAAAUGAUUAUAACAAUACAAAUGCUCCAGAAUGAUUUUCAAUGAAUUGGCCGCGCAGGGUCUUUGAAUUUUUAAUAGAAGCGCGUUCAAAGGAUUAGAAUGCGUGAUAAUAAAGAGAGAGAGAGGGAGGAUGCAAAGAUGAUCAAAUUGACAAGUCCACCCAUCUCCGAGUUGUUAAAGAUAAAAGAGAAAGAGAAAGAGAGAGAAUGAGAGACAUAGUUUUGUCAAAAAAAAGGUAAAUUCAUCAAUAUUUCUCACUAUAUACUUUUUAUUCGUACCUGAAUAGGAAAUUGAUAAUUCAAAGAAAAAAAAACCAGCAUAAUCAAUCAUUUUCAAGAAAAUGAUUCUCAAAAUAAAUAUAAAAAAAAAACAAAAAUUUGAAAUGAAAUUCAUUUCAGCUAUCAAAUUUAAAUUUCGAUCGAAGCUUCGAAAAUUUUUGAUACAAAUUUCACUUUUAAAAAAUGGAAAAAAAGUAAUCUUUUGAAAGAAUAAUUAACUUUCAAAAAAAAAUAGUAUAUUAAAAGUUACUUGAAUUUGACAGAUUCUCUUCGAAAUUGUCAUCUAAAAGUAAAUAAUAUUAAUUUUAUUAUCGCAUUCCAAAGCCUUAAUAAAAAAAAAAUCUUACGCGUUUCAAAUUGUUUUUCUUUUAAAGCAUUCGUGUAAAAUUCUGCAUUAUUGUGCUUCAUACUUACGUAAUUUAAUUCAACGAUGGAACAUUUUAAACCAUCUUAAUUUUUAUAUAUACUUAAUUAUAUUUAUAAAAUAUCUUUUUUUUUAAAUUAUUUUUAAGACAAAAGCAUAUUCUUUUAUGAAAAUGCAAGAGUCCUUAAAUCACAGAGUAAAAAAAAAAAACUGUGAUUUUUGCCAUUAUUUCUUUAUUAUUUUACAAUUUUAGUUUUAAGUUUGAAAUUUUGACUCUAAAAAUUGAGUUUCUUACGAGCUUAAAAAAAAGGAAAUAAUAGAUAUUUUUAAUUAAAAAAAAAAAACUCAUGACAUCCCUUUAAAUUUUAAAUUAUAAAUAUAUCAAAUAUUCUGUGCUAUUUAUACAUUUUGCUGGUGGCAAGAAAAAAAAAUUUUUUAAAUGUACAUAAUAUAUACAAUGCAAUUGUUUAAUAGUGCCGUUAAUUUGUUGACUAUAUACAAUCAAUUGUGAAUGAGAAACUUGUUGCCAAAUUUUAGGUAUAUAUAUAUAUAAAUAUAUUUGUAAAUAAAACUUAUAGAAAAAAAGAAACAAACCAUUGAAUUUUAAGUAUGUGUGCAGUGCAUACCGCAAAAAAAAAGAAAUGUAUCAAAUGUUGUCUUUUCAUGUUCAUAAAAACAAAAAUAGUAUUUUGCUUUAAAUGAAAGUUUUAGAAAAUUGGAUUAGCAAGUCCGAUUUGCUUAACUGCUUUCAAUAUGAAUUUAUAUAUAUAUGAAAAACGUCUUUGUGAUCAAAAAUCAUUUUUAAAUCUCAAAAUUCCUUAUUUUUGUAAAAAUUGUCGUUCCAUGUUCUAGAAAUAUUUUUAUUUUUCUUUACUAUUGAAAUAGAUAAUUAAUUAAUUUAGAAUUUCGGAUUAUUCUAGGUAAACUUUCCGAAAAUUUGAAGAAACUUUUUUUUUAUUGCAAAUAUAAAAAUUUACAGUAAAAAAAAUUAAUUGAUUUGUUUUUAUAAUGAUAAAUUCAAUUUAACUUAUUGUUAGAGAAAUUUUAGAGAAUUUUACUAAUUAAAAAUUUUUUUUAACGGAAAGUUUCACUGCCUCUAUGCAUUAACAAUUAAGUUUCGCUUCCAAAUGGUUUUGUAUUUUUUUUUUUUUUUGCGCAAUAUGCUGCAGACUCAUUUAUGUAUUUUUAAAUGCUUUUAUUAACAUUUUUUAAUUAAUUUAAUGUUACAUAUAGUGAUUUUUUUUAAUGUGUGUGCAUUUUCAAUGUGUUCAUUUAAUAGCUUCUUUCAUUAUUCAUUUUUAAUUAAUUGAAUAAUAAUUACAAUUUUUCUAAACAUUUAUAAAAAAAAAAUAUAGUCAGAAUUAAAAUUUUCUAGUGUUCUUGCCUAAAAAAUUUUUUGUUAAUUCGCACUCAAGAAUCGAAUAUUUUAUGAUUGAUUGUAGAGUUACAUAUAUAACUGAAAAUUUUAAUUAAUUCAAAUAAUUGAUUACUUUUAUUUAUUUGAUAAUAGUCAAGUAGUCGAAUAUUUGAAUCAAAUAAAUUUCUUUAACCAAUGUAUAUCAUAUUAAAAUAUUAUUUAAUUUGGCAUUAAAUGAAAUAAUGUCAAUCUAUAUUAUUAUAUUUUACACUUAAAUUAUUUUUUAUACUAAUACUUUAUUACCAUGACUGAAGGGAAACGACUUUUAUGCCUAUUAUAAAGAAAAAUACUUUUAAAAAAAUUAAAUUAGUAAAAUCUUAAUAAUUAUUAAGAUUCAAAAAAAAAAAAGAAAACAAAAAUAGUCGACAGAUAUUAUUUUGCUAAAGACAGUCAAUUAUUACAUUAAUAUUUAGAAAAAGUGAAUUUAAAAAAAAAUAUAUUUCACAUAAUUCAGUUAUGGAAUUUUUAAUUUUUUUUCUAAUUUUAAUUGACAAAAAGUGCUUCUCGGAUUCUAUUUAAAAAUCUAAUUAUAAAUUUAAAACAAAAAUAUUGUUCUCAGCAAAUAGUGCUUUUUAUGAAAUUUUACUAUUAUAAAGAACAAUGUCAUUAAUAAAAAAUGUAGAAAUCAUUAAGACAUGUGAACAUUACAUAUUGAAUGAAUUAUAUACAAAUAAGUUAUUACCGAAUGUUUAUAGAAUUGUAUACAUCUUUAUGCCAUUUAAAAUAUAUAUGUGUGUAUCACAAUUGAUAAAGUGGAAAUGAAGAGUUUAGAUGAAAAUGAGGCCAAGUCACAGUUGAAUCUUUUUUUUUUCUUUUCAUACAAUGAUAUUUCAUUCUAUUUUUUUAAUAUAAUAAUUU